CGACGUAACGGCGAAAGUGCCGAGGAACGAGUUACAGUCACCGGAUAAGUCACAGUCGGUUAUUGAGUCGCAGUCACUGCCGUCGUCACCGUGCAGAUACCGCUGACAGGUUGGAGCGGAACCCGUUUUUACUGGAGCGUUGCCAGCGGAUCGGAUCGGAUCGGAUCGGAACGGCAGAUGCAACCGCCGUAGAUAAUGAAGUGCGUGCAAUAGUUAUGAUAAAAAUAAAUACGAAAAAGGAACCCCGAAAAGACAUGCAAACCUCGCUGGAAAUGCAUAAAACCAACUGAAACAAGUUCGCUGCAAAUAUCAAAAGACUGUCGCUAUAACUUCGAAACUCUCCAUAAUAAUGCAUCACAUAGCAAUAAAAUUCCGUAGCUGACUUUGAAAAUAUUGUACACAGUGUUGAGAAAACUGAAAACUGAAAUACUUACCCAUUCAGUGGGUAAACUCGCAAAGCAAACACUUAAGAGCCGCUGACACAUUCUUUUGACCGAAGACCGAAGAGCCGCGUACAUUUGUAAAUCUGUUUGCGGCAAACACUUGAAGCCAAUUUGGUUUGCUGGCUGGUUUUGUGAGUGUCUCUUUUUUUAAACAUUUUUGAAACCGGCCGCCAAAGCGUCAAAUAGAGUCAAUAAAAAUCGAGUAAAAACGGAUGAAAACUACGGACGAGCGAAAAAAGAAGGAAAACAGCAAAGUCACACAAAACAAACAAAACAUUUUCCGGCUCCGGCUCCGGCGACAUUAACAGAACUGCUCGACAUCGACAAUUUGUUUUAUCAAUUUUCAACAAGACCAGCAGCAGCAGCAACAACAACAAUAGCGCAACAACACCCAACAAGCCAGCAAACAACAAAAGCGCCCAGAGUGCUUAGCCGUCGAGCACGCACGCCAAAUCCACCCAGCCACCCACUGGCAACCCACGGGCCACCCACUUGAACCUCCCUUAACCACCACCCAACACCCGCCCCACAUCCUUGGCCACCCCUUUUCGAGGGCUCCGCCAGCAUCCGCAUCCGCGUCAGCAUCCACAGCGACAUCCGCAUCCGCAGAGUCGAAAAAAAUAAGAAAACCAAAUAACAACAAGCAAACAACGAGGGACGCCCCACAGUGAAGCCAGGCACAGUGAACUCGCGUGAGUCCGGCCAGCGAGACAAUGGCUGCAUAUGCGCAGUUUGGAUACGCUGGCUACCCGACGGCAAAUCAGCUGACCACCGCCAACACCGACAGCCAGAGCGGCCAUGGCGGAGGAUCGCCGCUGUCCGGCACCAAUGAGGCUUCCCUGAGUCCCUCGGGCGGCUCGACGGCCACCGGCCUGACCGCCGGUCCACUGAGUCCAGGUGCAGUUUCCCAGUCGUCGCACCAUGCGGGCCACAAAGGACUCUCCACAUCGCCGGCGGAGGAUGUGGUUGGUGGCGGUGGUGGGGGCGAUGUGCCCGGUGGCCUUUCAUCUGCCGCCCAGGACUUGCCCGGCCGGGGCUCCUGUUGCGAGAACGGCAGACCCAUCAUCACGGAUCCCGUGUCCGGCCAAACCGUGUGCUCCUGCCAGUACGAUCCGGCCAGACUGGCCAUCGGUGGCUACUCCCGCAUGGCGCUGCCCUCCGGCGGCGUGGGCGUGGGCGUCUACGGCGGACCGUAUCCAUCCAACGAGCAGAAUCCGUACCCCAGCAUCGGAGUGGACAACUCGGCCUUCUACGCACCUCUGAGCAAUCCCUACGGCAUCAAGGACAGCAGUCCCAGCACCGAGAUGAGCGCCUGGACAUCCGCCAGCCUGCAGUCGACCACCGGAUACUAUUCCUACGAUCCCACGCUGGCGGCCUACGGAUACGGACCCAACUAUGAUCUCGCCGCCAGACGGAAGAACGCCACUCGGGAGUCCACGGCCACGUUGAAGGCCUGGCUGAGUGAGCACAAGAAGAAUCCGUAUCCGACGAAGGGCGAGAAGAUCAUGCUGGCCAUCAUCACCAAGAUGACCCUCACCCAGGUGUCCACGUGGUUCGCCAAUGCGCGCCGGCGACUGAAAAAGGAGAACAAGAUGACGUGGGAGCCCAAGAAUAAGACGGAGGACGAUGAUGAUGGCAUGAUGUCCGAUGAUGAGAAGGAAAAGGAUGCCGGUGACGGUGGCAAACUCUCCACGGAAGCUUUCGAUCCCGGCAAUCAACUUAUCAAAUCCGAACUGGGCAAGGCGGAGAAGGAGGUGGACAGUGGUGGCGACCAGAAACUGGAUCUGGACCGGGAGCCACACAAUCUGGUGGCCAUGCGUGGACUGGCGCCCUAUGCCACACCCCCCGGCGCCCAUCCCAUGCACGCGGCCUACAGUUCGUAUGCGCAAUCCCACAACACGCAUACGCACCCACAUCCCCAGCAAAUGCAACACCACCAACAGCAACAGCAGCAGCAGCAACAGCAGCAGCAGCAGAAUCUGCAGCAGCUGCAACACCAUCCGAUGGAUCAGCCAUACUAUCAUCCGGGUGGCGGCUACGGCCAGGAGGAAGCGGGCGACUUUGCGGCCCAAAAAAACCCGCUGAGCAGAGACUGUGGCAUCCCAGUUCCGGCGAGCAAGCCCAAGAUCUGGAGCGUGGCCGACACAGCCGCCUGCAAGACACCACCGCCCACCGCGGCGUACCUCGGCCAGAACUUCUACCCGCCCGCAUCGGGACCGGACCAGCAGUUGCCCCCUCAGCAGCUCCAGCAUCAGCAACAGCAGCUGCAGCAUCAUCACCCGCAUCACCAUCAUCAUACGCACCACUCGAUGGAGCUCGGUUCGCCGCUGAGUAUGAUGAGCAGCUACGCCGGCGGAUCGCCAUAUUCGCGGAUACCUACGGCGUACACCGAGGCCAUGGGCAUGCAUCUGCCCAGCAGCAGCAGUUCCACUUCCUCCACCGGCAAGCUGCCACCCAGCCACACCAUCCAUCCAGCGCCGCAGCGUGUGGGGUUUCCCGAGAUCCAGCCCGAUACGCCGCCCCAGACGCCGCCCACUAUGAAGCUGAACAGCAGCGGCGGCAGCGGCAGCGGGAGCGGGAGCAGCAGCAGCAGCGGGAGCAGCCACAGUUCAUCGAUGCAUUCCGUCACUCCGGUGACGGUGGCUUCCAUGGUCAACAUUUUGUACAGUAAUACGGACAGUGGAUACGGACACGGACACGGGCACGGACACGGGCAUGGACAUGGUCACAUGGGCGUCACUGCCAAUGCCUAUCUGACGGAGGGCGGGCGACCUUGAACCGGUUAGUUACGGAGAACAGUUACCAGUUACCAGUUACCCGAUAGCAGAUAGCAGGUAGCAGUUACCAGAUACCAAAUAGCAAGCGAAACUACUUACACACUACUUUCGAGAUGGCGGGACAAGUGCAAGUGGCGGGCAAUCCGCGAUUACGAUUACGAUUACGAGUACGUUUAACAGAUAGCGAUAACUACACUAAUUAUUUUGCAAUAAAUGUAGCUUAAGUAUGGCAAUAAAACUUUAUUUCCUACCAUAUCAUAAAUUAUUUCGCUUUAUAACUUUAAUUAGCAUAUUUACACUCGACCGCUGCGAAUUUGCGAGACGAAAAUGUCUCGGUGGUGCGGUGGUGCUGGUGGUGCUCGUGUGGUGGUGGUGGUGGGGCACAGACUUCUGAGCCGCCCACUUUUGGGAGCUUGUCAUGCGUUUUUGGGGCCUGAGGGGGUUGGGCUGAGUCACACGGCUCCAAGUUUAAUGACUCGAAAUAAACGCACACCACACGAACCCAUUCAUC